UCGCUGUGCUGAAGUGAAGAGCUCUGAGGGGACGAGGGUUAUAGUUUUUACUCUCUUUCACUGGGAUUUUCCCUCAGAGUCUCCAGAGUCUUUUAUUUCCAAGCUCCGUUGUUUCGUCGAACAAACGACGUUUUUCUCUUCCUGUCAUUUAAUAGACUAUAUCUCCCGUGCGUUUUGGCGAGGAUGACGGCGAUCAAGGCGCUUCAGCAGUGGUGUAAGGUUCAGUGCGAGGGGUACAGAGAUGUGACCAUCAGCAACAUGAGCACCUCUUUCAGAGACGGACUCGCCUUCUGCGCUCUCGUCCACAAGUUCAGACCCGACCUCAUAAACUUUGAGUCUCUCUCCAAAGACGAUGUGUAUUACAACAAUCACUUGGCGUUCCGUGUGGCUGAAGAUCAUCUGGGAAUCCCAGCUCUUCUGGAUGCAGAGGACAUGGUGGCUUUGCCUGUCCCAGACAGACUCAGCAUCCUCACAUAUGUCUCGCAAUACUAUAAUUACUUCCACGGCCGCUCACCAAUCGGGGGAGUAGGAGGUAUCAAACGACAUGCUGAGGUCUCAAAGGAGACGCCAUCAGAGAAGAAGAAUCAGCCUGUGGUUGACAAAAAACACAAUCUUAAAACAAACACAGAGAACCGUCCUCCUCAAACUGAAAUGCCAAAAAAUAUCAGCGACAACCAUCCUACAUCUAUUAACAUCCAGAAAAGUGCUCCAGAGAAGCACAUUGUAGCUACUCUAGCUCGACAGACUGGCACAGACUGGCAGAAAUCUCCAGGGCCAAAAUGUGUUCAAGCGCCCGGCACGCCACUCCGAGCGAGAUCUCCACAGCCACACCGAGACGCUGAGAAGAAAGCUGUUUUGGUGGAGAAUUCAAAUAAAACUGGCACGCUGAACAGUGUUUGUGCAAUAUGUGGAAAUCAUGUACAUCUUGUCCAGAGACACCUGGUGGAUGGAAAACUCUACCACCGGAGCUGCUUUAAGUGUAGUGUAUGCUAUAGCACACUGAAAUCCGGGGCAUAUAAACUGGGAGCAGACAAUGGCUCACUGGUCUGCAUCAUUCACCAACACGGCCAAAAUGAUUUCAAGCCUACUGUUCAGCCUUGUAAGAGCAGUGGCUUUACGCUUACUGAUUUGGUAUCCAAAUCUGACCGUGGCGAUCAGCCAUCUUCCCAGCGCUACACAUCUGUACUAUCUGCACCAAUCAAAGCUGUGCCCCGACCCGUGGAGCUCAGUCUUGCUCCGCAGUCAUGGACCGCCUCUGCUCAGAGGACUCAGGAAGCCAGGCAGAAGUUUUUCCAGUCCUGUGGUCCAGCAGCAGAGCAUCGGUCCACCACAAGACAGCAGUCAGGCCCCUCAGAGUCCUGCACCAAUCAGAACACGAGUCUGAAGAUGGAGGAGAAAGACCCAACCAAUGCACUGACAAAUGGAAAACUAUUUGAAGGAAACACGAAUAACAACAAUGCGCUUAAUUCUGACCCAGGAGCACAGAGGCAGAUAAAAAUCAGAUGCUCUUCUGCUGAAGUCUCUGGCUGGAGGCAGGAGUUACACAGACGAGAUGCAACAGGAAGGAGCUCCUAUCAGGCCACUUCAACCAGCUCUGCUAUCCGCAAUAGUGGCAUGAACACCAAAGUAUCCCUCUACCUCAGUGCCAUCAGCAAGCAGCGCAACAGACCUCCAUCCCUGCUGCUUUCUACUGCAAAAGCAAAAGAUGUUCAGAGCUGCGAAGCCCCAACUGACUGGAGAUCAAAGCCAAAGGCAGUUCCAAAUGGACCAAGACUCAAAUCUCCUAAUAAUGCCAAGGAUGUCCGGUUGAUUUGUGGAAAAAACAAAUGUAACCAUUGUUUGAUGGCCCAAAAUGAUCCAGUCUCCACUAUAAUGAACGACUCUUGUUCUAAAGGUCCUGACUAUUCCUUGUCCUCAUGUAUCUUGCGCUCUCAGUCCUGUCACAAACCUUCAUCUCCAAAACAACCUCACCGCAGGUCGGUGACCUCAAGUUACGACAAUGGAAAUAUUUCAUCUAAAAAUGGCUUGCUGUGUGAAACGAGGUUGCCUACAAUAAAGCCUUGCCACAUCACACCAGAUCAGAUCUCAAAAGAGUUGCAGGACAUUGAGAACAAGCUGUACAAUCUGGAGAACGAAGGGGUGGAGUUAGAGAGGAGACUUCGCAUUUAUGAAGAAGAGGGUCAUGGAAACCUGCUGUUGGAUCCCUUGAUGGUGGACUGGUUUAACCUGAUUGGGAAAAAAAAAAGCUACAUACUAAGGGAGUCAGAGUUGAUGUACACAGCAAGAACACAUGAUCUGGAGGAGCAACAGCCUGGAGUAAAAGGAGAGCUCAGGAGAUUGGUCUGUAAACCAGAACAUGUCAAGACUCUGGGUGAGAAGAAGAGGGAAACUGUGCUGUUGAACAGACUGAAGAUGGUAAAUGACAGGAAGGCCAUUGUUGAAGGGCUGGAGGAGGACAGAAUAAGGGAGGAGGAAGAUCAACAGACACUGAAUGAGAUGAUGCAAAGACAGGGUCUUCCGAAGUUUAAAAACAAAUGCAACUCAUCCUUCUCAAAGUUAUUUAGACGGAGAAGUAAAAAAGCCUCAAUGGGAUAGUGAAUUUGAGAUUUGCUGGAGUGAAGUAGUCCAGACGUUCUGCUGUAGCCUGUUUGUGACCUUAGAUGGUUUAAAACAAGGUGAGAUUAAUGUAACACAUCUGUCAGGCAAGUAAGUGAGUUCUUGGAGCAAAAUGUUCUGUUUAAACACU